GAGUACGGGCGCUUCGUAAUUUCCCCCCGUUUGUAUCAAUGAGCGCUGAGCACACAGUUACACGGAAAGGUAAACUUUGGAGACAACGCGACGUGUCCCGGGAACGCCAUGGGUCGACGACAAUCUCUAUAGAGCCCUCAGAUUGGACACAACAUAAUAAUAGACCAUUCAGCGCCUUAGCCCUUGAAGAGAACACCCAGCCUUGCCUGGUUUGAUGUGACAGUGUCAAACUGAAGCAUUCGAGGUCUCUUUCAGGUGAGAGCUCUGUCAACAGGCAGGUCGGCCAAGGUGUGUGUCUGGUAGGAUAAUAUACCGUACAGGAGAAACUUUUAGGAAAAUUCAAAGAGAACGCCCUCGCAUACCUGGACCGCUGGGAGGCGCUGGCAAAGGAUACCAAAUCCUCCAACAGAACCUACACUUAUCUCGUCGGCACGUCGCUGACAGUGGCUGACCUCUACGUGUACCGACUUGUGGAAGAGCUGGGGAAACUUACUGACCUUGACCUUUCCAAGUACAAGAAACUACGGAACUUGAAGGCGACUAUUGAGGCCAUUCCGGCAAUCAAGGACUAUUUGGCAUCCUGUUCCACUUGAUGUAAUAAAAAUGCAUGAUUUAUAACU